UGGAAGGCAGUCAGACCGGGGCCAUGGAGCUCAGCCUGCUCCUCUUUCUUGCUCUGCUCUCGGGACUCUUGCUUCUCCUGGCCAGAGGCCGCCCAAAGGCCCAUGGCCGCCUCCCGCCAGGCCCCCAUCCUCUGCCCUUCCUGGGGAACCUUCUGCAGAUGGACAGAAGAGGCCUGCUCAAAUCCUUCCUGAGGCUCCGAGGGAAAUACGGGGAUGUCUUCACGGUGUACCUGGGGCCACGGCCAGUGGUCAUGUUAUGUGGGACAGAGGCCAUUCGAGAGGCCCUGGUGGACCAGGCUGAAGCCUUCUCUGGCCGGGGGAAAAUCGCUGUCGUUGAAGCAGUCUUCCAGGGAUACGGCGUGAUCUUUUCCAAUGGGGAACGUUGGAAGGUUCUUCGGCGAUUUUCUCUGGCCACCAUGAGAGACUUCGGGAUGGGAAAGAGGAGCGUGGAGGAGCGCAUUCAGGAGGAGGCCCAGUGUCUGGUGGAGGAGCUGCGGAAAUCCCAGGGAGCCCUCCAGGACCCCACCUUCUUCUUCCAUUCCAUCACCGCCAACAUCAUCAGCUCCAUUGUCUUUGGAAAACGCUUCGCCUACAGGGAUGCCGAGUUCCUGCGGCUGCUGGACAUGUUCUACCAGUCCUUCGCGCUCCUCAGCUCUUUGUCCAGCCAGGUGUUCGAACUCUACUCCAGCUUCUUGAAGUACUUUCCUGGCACACACAGGCAAAUCUACAAAAACCUGCAGGAAGUCAAGGCCUUCAUCGUCCGCAGUGUGGAGAAGCACCGUGAAACCCUGGACCCCAGCGAACCCCGGGACUAUAUCGACACCUACCUACUCCGCAUGGACAAAGAGAAGUCCAACCCCAAGAGCGAGUUCCACGAGCAAAACCUCAUCAUCAGUGUCCUGUCGCUCUUCUUUGCCGGCACCGAGACCACCAGCACCACUCUCCGCUAUGGAUUCCUGCUCAUGCUGAAAUACCCCCAUGUCGCAGAGAGAAUCCACAAGGAGAUUGACCAGGUGAUUGGCUCGAAUCGCCCUCCAGCCCUGGAUGACAGAGCCAAAAUGCCGUACACUGACGCAGUCAUCCAUGAGAUUCAGAGAUUUGGGGACCUCAUCCCCAUUGGUGCGCCCCACGUGGUCACUAAAGACACUCACUUCCGAGGGUACAUCCUCCCCAAGGGCACGGAAGUAUAUCCCAUCCUGAGCUCUGCUCUCCAUGACCCGCAUUACUUUGAAAAACCAGAUGCCUUCAACCCGGACCACUUUCUGGAUGCCAAUGGGGCACUGAAGAAAAAUGAAGCUUUCAUGCCCUUCUCCACAGGGAAGCGUAUUUGUCUUGGCGAAGGCAUCGCCCGCACCGAAUUAUUCCUCUUCUUCACCACCAUCCUCCAGAACUUCUCCGUGGCCAGCCCUGUGGCCCCUGAGGACAUUGACCUCACUCCCCGGGAGAGCGGGGUGGGCAAAUUGCCCCCAUCGUACCAGAUCCAGUUCCUGCCCCGUUGAAGAGGAUGAGGGAAGGGGGUGCAAGGAUGCCAGGGUCACGUGUGUCCCCACUUCUGCAGAGAAUGGCACCUUGACUCUCUCCCCGUCUUCCCACCUCUGAGGAUGCUGUGCUGUGAACCAGUGUCCUUCCCAUCCUGGGUUGCCACCUCCA